CACUGGUGCCAUUUGUCAGUGAUGUCACCUGGUGGAUUAGGACACCUUGGAGUAUUUCUGGAGGGUGCUUUGCCUUUCAGAGAGAUUUUUCUCAUCAAGCGGGUGGGAAAUAACUUCAUGGUUUCCAAGAGGAGCUCACAACACUAGAGACGAUCUGAAGCAGCAGAGCGCCUCACAGGAGGUGAAGAAUGACUGAGAACGCAGCAGCACCUACCACCCUCAAUGCUUCAGACACAACUGGACCUACCACGCCUCGCAAGGGGCCUCCCAAGUUCAAGCAACGGCAAACACGGCAGUUCAAGAGCAAGCCACCCAAAAAAGGAGUAAAAGGUUUUGGAGAUGAUAUCCCAGGAAUGGAGGGCCUUGGAACAGAUAUCACAGUGAUUUGCCCUUGGGAAGCUUUCAGCCAUCUGGAGCUUCACGAGUUGGCACAGUUUGGAAUCAUCUAAUCUACCAGAAUCCCUGCUUUUGACCGGAGCUCUGAAACAGUCUGUCACCUGUGAUACUUAUUUCCGCUCCUUCUUCAAAAAAUUCUGACAUUUAACAAAACAGAUGGCUUUGUGGGGUCAGUUUUGAGCAACUUUCUUCUUAGAUUUACUGGUACUUUGCAAGAAAGGGUGUUAAAAAUAUAUCCAACUGGCUCAUCAGCUAAGAAGUUGGAACGGUUCUAAAUGUUUUCGUGUAAAAUAUAUUGUGUUCUUUUUCUCC